AUGGCGCCAAAGGCAAUCAUUGCUCCCUCCAUUCUGUCGGCCGACUUUGCCAACCUCGGCCAUGACUGCUCCAAGACCAUUGGCCAGGGCGCCGACUGGCUCCAUGUCGAUAUCAUGGAUGGCCACUUCGUCCCCAACCUGACCUGGGGCCCUCCUAUCGUCGCCAAGAUCCGUGGCCACGUCGAGAAACCGACCGAGGGCUUCGGCAAGGGCACCUUCGACUGCCACAUGAUGAUUGCCGAGCCCAAGAAAUGGGUCAAGGAGUUCAAGAAGGCCGGCUGCGACCUGUACUGCUUCCACUACGAGGCCGCCUUCUCGUCGGCUGCCGAGUCGCCCGAGGCCAAGUCGGAUGAGAAGACCAACCCCAAGGAGCUGAUCAGGUACAUCCACGACCAGGGCAUGCUGGCGGGUAUUGCCCUUAAGCCCGCGACUUCGGUUGAUGUCCUCUGGGAGAUCUUGGAGUCUGAGGACCCCAAGGAGAGACCUGAUAUGGUCCUCAUCAUGACGGUCGAGCCCGGCUUCGGCGGACAAAAGUUCAUGGCUUCCGAACUGCCCAAGGUUGCGGAGCUCAGGAAGCGGUAUCCCGAGUUGAACAUCGAGGUCGACGGCGGUCUCGGACCCGCCACCAUUGACCAGGCGGCGGAUGCUGGCGCGAACGUCAUCGUCGCCGGAAGUGCAGUCUUCGGUGCCCAAGAUCCUUCCGAGGUUAUUGCGCUACUUCGCGAAGCCGUCGAGAAGAGGAACGGAAAGCUAUGA